AUGUCGACCGCCAAUUCCUCUGCAGCAACUCCUCCAAAUAAUGAACCACAACAAAAGGUUCCGAUCCGAUGGGAUUCAGCCUCUACGGUUCGUGAUGCGCUUACCAGCAAAUCCGAUAUGAGAAUGGUGGUGUGCUGUUUUGCAGAACCAUUUUCACCCAUAUCAACCACUUUGGCAAGAUGGUUUGAGGAAAUUAGAAUGGGAGAUUCUGUAACUUAUACCCAAAUAUUCAUUUUAGAUCCUUUUGAGAAUAGCCAAUUUGCGUCGGAAUGUGGUAUUAAGACCUCUCCUGCUGUGGUGUUGUUUUGGGAUGGCAAGCCAGUUUCAAUACAAAGAAAUGGAUGGGAUGAAGAUACUAAGAUUGUUGGAGUUUCUACAAAAGAAAAUUAUAUUAAUGUUAUUCGAUUAUUAAGAGAAGUUGGAGAGGAGGAAAAACAUCCAAUGAUUCUCAAAGUAGAAAAUUUGUAA